AUGGAAGGUCAACCGGGGAAGUCUGCACCCGCCAAAACAAUACCAUCCCAGGCUCCAUCUCUUCCAGCCAGGUCUCCUCCUCCAGCUCCUCGCCACCCUCCUCGAUCAUCUCCACAACCAUCGCCACCCAGUGCUGCCGAACAGAAAAAACGCAGGGAACAGAGGGGCAAGGAGGUGGCAGAUGCGAGCAAGUCUCGUCCCACUCGAGAGGAGGAUGUCCAACGAGCUGCAAAGCAGCAAAAAACUAAGCACCCCGCUACACGGGCCAAGAGAAAUCUGAUUCCCCACAUCCUGAGUCACAAGCGUGGCUACCAGCUCCUAUACUCGGCCGAGGAACAAGCAAAGCUUCUGUGCGAGGCGAAUGCCGAGCUAAAAAAGACUCAGGAGCAAGUUCUUGUUCUUAAGAAGCAUCUAGAGGAAACUCAGAAGCUAAGGGAGCAAACUAAAAAGCUCAAAGAACAAGCCGAGAAAGCGAGAAUCAACUCCGAACAGGCAAUGAAUGAAGCCGAGCAGAGGGGCUACGAAAUUGGGAUAGCUGAAAUUGAGAAAGCUUUAAGAGCCGAGGUUCCGGAGGUGUGCCGCAUCUACUACGCGAGAACCUGGAGCGAGGCUCUUAACCGUGCUGGGGUUGAAGCCUCAUCUGAGCUAUGUAGGCCAGAGAACGUAUAUUACCCGGAAGAUAUACGCCCCUUAGCUCCUCAACCCUAUCAGGCUGAUACUCCUUCUCAAGUUAUUAACCUUAACGAGGAGGUUUUGCCUCGCAAUUCCCCUCCUCGCGGCCAACCGGGAUCGAUUGAAGCGGGACUAGCCCCUCUAGGAGCUUCCCCAAACAAAUCCACCACUGCUUCGGAGGCAGAGACGGCCUCAUAG